ACCUUUGAGUGUGAAUAGCACUCACUACUGGUGAAGCUGCCAGGAGUUGUUUGUAAUCCUGCACUCACCAGCGUCACACAUACCAUCAGCCUGAUCCCUUAGGACACCAGCCAACCAGUUCAAAGUUCUCCAUGAUCAGGAAUGUUUAAAUUGUUCCCAUAAUAUACUUGGUACAGAUAUUCCUGACAUUGUUAUAACAUUGUUUAUAAAUAGGAAUAUAAAUAAUACAGUACUGCGUAUAUUAUUGCAGCUGAUUGGUUGAAGGAUUGAGAGGGUGGGGUAUACAAUGUGACAUCUGAACUGAGGUAGUAUAAAUAGGAUAUUGUGCUACAUUUUCCUGGCUGAGAUAUGGGAUAACUGGGACCACUAGAAACAUUGCCGUUGUAGAGAUCUGAAGAUUUGAAUGCAGUGGUGGAAAACCAUUACAGCAAGAUGGAGGUGACCGGCUCAAGUAUCCUCCCAGAGGUGGGCAUUGGCUCUAUGGCACACUCUGCUGGACUGUUGGAAAUUGCAGUUCGCCUGUGCCUAAACCAACGUAAACAACUUUGUCCUCACGUUUGGGUCCCCAUCCUGAAGCCCUUGCGCCCCUGCAUUCGAGUUCAAGUUCCCCCAGAGACUUUCAGCCAGUCGUUUCUGUCCUUCUGGGAUGAGUUUGACGAUGAUGAUUUUGAAGAAAUUCCACUAAAGAACAAGCAUGUCAUGUUUGCAGACACCAAGGGUUUGUCUUUGACUGAUGUCCGGAUGUUCUCUGAUAGAGAAGAGCCUUCAGAUUUAGCCAUACUGCCAUCUUUUCAAGGUUUAGGCCUAACAGAGGAUAGCUACAGCUGCACAGUCAGCACUUGUUGUCCUGGCACACAACUCAAAUUGGGUUUUCCGCAGCCCUCUGCCGACUUCCAGGUGUUUCGUGCCAAACUGGAAAAAAGUAUGGUCAUCCUGGAAAACUGCAGUGUCACUGAACAGGCUUUGCACGGGACCCUUCGGGUCAAAAACAUUUGCUUUCAGAAAGAUGUGUGCGUACGCAUCACUUUUGAUUCCUGGUACACUUUUAGAGAUGUCCCAUGUAUGUAUUUGCCAGAACGAUUUGGUGGGCCACAGACUGACAUCUUUGAAUUUGAAGUCCCAAUUCCCAAAAUACUUGAUGCAAAGAGGAAGAUAGAGUUUUGUUUAAAAUAUUUACCAGGAGGCCAUAGUGAGUCUUUCUGGGACAAUAAUAAUGGACAGAAUUACAGCAUUCUUGUGUGUGUAAAUUCACACCUCUGUCAGGGAAUGUAUCCAAAGUAAUUGGCAUAAAAUUAUUAUUGUUCAUUUACAACCAUAUCCCUUCAUUGUUAAAUUGUCUAAUAAACCAUGCCUCCCA